AUGAGCAAAAACAGCCUCUUAGAAAAAGUUGGCCAGCAGGAUCACAAGCACAGACGACAGGAAAAGAAAUCCAAGGCCUUCGAGGAUAUUUCUAAAUAUUUCUCUGAGAAACAAUGGAAAAAUAUGCUGUACUCCGAGAAAACCACCUGUGUAUACCUGAAGAGAAACUAUGAGAUCAUGUCGGGGCUUGGUUUCAAGGUCUCCCUUCCAGCUUUCAUGAAUCAUAAUAAUUCAGCUAUAAAUUUCUGUGGACAUACUUCUAAACAUGUGAAUCAGAGGCACAGAAGAGGGAGAAAUACUUCCUGUGCCUAUUCAUUGCGGGAAAGAAAGUAUGUAGUUGCAUAUGAAGAGAUCAGUGAUCCUGAGGAGGAGGAGGAGGAG